GCGCUAUAGCUAGCCACUUUAGCGUCGUUUGUUGUUGUCGUGGUCAGUUUGUCAGCGAUUUUCUUCCUCCCCCGAAACCUCAGCCCGAACACGGAACGAGCGUCCGACCGACUCCUCGUCUGUCAUCUCUCGUAACAAUGAAGUUCCAAUACAAAGAAGAACACCCUUUUGAGAAAAGGCGGUCCGAAGGCGAGAAGAUUCGGAAGAAGUAUCCCGAUAGGGUUCCCGUUAUUGUGGAGAAAGCUCCCAAAGCCAGAAUAGGUGAUCUGGACAAGAAGAAGUAUCUCGUCCCCUCCGACCUGACAGUGGGCCAGUUUUAUUUCCUCAUCCGAAAACGAAUCCACUUGCGAGCUGAGGAUGCGCUCUUCUUCUUUGUAAACAAUGUCAUUCCACCCACCUCGGCCACCAUGGGACUGUUGUACCAGGAGCACCACGAAGAGGAUUUUUUCCUCUACAUUGCCUACAGUGACGAGAGUGUGUACGGGAGCAGCCAAAGGGAAAUGUGAUCCCCGCUCUCGCUUGCCCGCCGCCUUCCCGUGACGCGCACAUCCAUCCAUUGGAAAUAUUUAAUCUAGCUCAGCAGCUUGGAGUUCACAGAGCAAAAGGCGUCAGAUGCACUUUCACCGCCCUUCUCCCUUUUGUCUCCAUUAGUCAGUCUCACGUUGUAUCUAUCGGCCUCGGUUUCUUAUUUCCUGACUAAGGAACUAUAUUAUGUUGAGUAUGAUUCAUUGUGGUUAUUGUUAAUUUUAGAUGGCUUUAUUUACCGUAUUGUGAAGAUGAGUGCAAUUUUUUUUCUUUUUAAAAAAAAAAAAAGAAGUCUAUAGAGCUGCAUUACUGGCGCUUUCUCUCCACCCGUGAGCAUUAAAUGAUAAAAUGUGAUGAAAAAGUUA